ACACACUAAAUAUGCUUAACUGGAUUUGAACUCGGGACCUUUUACUUUGUAGGGAGGGUCUCUGCCGACUAGGUUAGAAGGCCGUUAAAUAUAGUCAUAAUGCGUAAUCGUCAAUGAAACGAACAACGAUUAUUGAAGGGUAACCUACCUAGUCAAUGGCGGUGUAAAGCAAUUGCGGGAAGCCGCCAAAACACGUAUCUCGUUCAUUCGGGUCGUUACAACUCGACCAAAAUUUACAGACACCGUCUACCCCGAGAAUUAAGCGGCAAAUAAACUCAAUGAGGAGGAACGGAAAGAAUUAAGAGAGUUCUCCGUAAACUGGACGUGUAAUAACUUCCUGAGCAAGUCGUUCUGCCGUCGCCACAUCAGCGGUUCGACUGCAAUCUUACCAUCCAUUUGUGGGUGAUUUCACAUUGUUAUUGUACUUUCUUAGUAACUUAGCAGAAACAUUAAAGGCAACGUUAGUAUAUAGUCACAAUAACGGGUUACUACAGCUUGAUAUUUUAACCUUUUCAACGCUUUUCCACACGUGUCAAGAAAUGCCAUGGACGCCAAAAAGUUAACUGGUGAAGAGCGAAUAUGAAGCUUAACUGACAGUAGGAAAGUCGCUUUGACAACGUCCGCCAUAGCCUUUUUAAUUGUCAUUGGCGUCGCGGGCACGACAGACGAUGACCGUUUUAGUGGUCUUUGGCGUUGAAAAGGUUAAAAGAUUUAGUAAUUCAGCAGAAAAUCCUGAUAUAAAUCUUUUUCAAAAUGUAAAACGUAUUUGCCUUAUUUUAAGUCGCAAAAGAUGCGGAGUACACCCAUUCCCGCUCCCGCCCAUGCCGUGUUUCAGUUCGCAAUAAAUUUUAAAAAUAAACCACGCGCUUUAUAUUCCACUGUAUUUAUCAAAAAAGACGCUUCAAGUCCGUUAAUACCCACUUAGGAAGCCCCUACUUUACCCUACGUGAAUAAUUAGAUGUUACCGGGAUUUAUCCCACUCCGUUAUCUGUAACAUGCGUUUUAAAUUUGCAAACUCAUUCUUUUCGCUUUAUUGGGGAUAAUACAUCUUGGCUUGGUUGCGAUUCUGAUUAAUGCCUUCGAGUGAAGUUGGCGCAACUUUGUCAGAGAUAGCGGAGAAAAAUAAAGGGACGUGACUAGACUAAUUCCCUUUUUACGACGACAAGAGGUAAAAGAGUAAUUUCAGAUUUUAAAUUAUAUUAAGCGCUCUAAAGAGGUUGAUAUAGCCUGCUUUUUAAUCUAAACCAUUAGGCCGGCAGGAAAAUUGAAAAAUAAAAAGAACGGCAUUCUUCUUAUAAAUCUGGUCUUGUCAGUUGCGUCGGAAGAUUUUAAACGUCAGUCUAUAUUUUGUGGGUGUAUUAGAAAAUAUGAAAAUUAAACUUGUUACCAUUUUUUCUUGUGUUAUACAUUUGAUUGUGGGAGCUUCAGCUGAAGAUGAAAUCAAACGAGGCACAUAUCCAUUCAUGGCAUUCAUAUACUAUCAAGAUGAAACAAUCCUGGGCCUGGGAGGGGGCAGGUUUCUGCAAGGCGCCGUACUGGUCCGACCUAGCUUUUUGAUAUCAUCUUCACCCGAGUCCACCAUAUCUAAAGACCCUCUCAGCAAGACGCUCCUGGCUAGACUCGGGGCCACAGUCAUCGACCAUAAAUUCACAUUGAAUGAAGAUGAGGACGAGCAGGAACAAGAGGUUAUCCAAAUCACUCAACCUUCCGACCAUGACAGCAGCCAAUGGUGGCUCACGGACAUCUGCUUAUUGAAGACGCUGCAGCCUAUUGCGACCACUACCGCUGUUCGCUUCACACAGCUCUCUACGAAACAGGAAGCUGCUGAUAAAGUCUGCCAUAUACUUAUUUACAAAAAAAAGAGCGGCACAGACGUCCGAGUACUGACCCGUUUGCUCGUGGAAAUGCUGCCUUCCUCGGCCGACAACUGCGGGAAGCACUUCGUUCGGGGGACAAUGACGUGUGCGGCCGACCAGGCGAGCAGCGACGGGAUACCGCCGUCCAGUGACUUUUGUCAAGGCAACAACGGUGGACCUCUCAUAUGUGAUAACGACGUAAUUGCGUUACAAACCUACAUAAACGAUGACUGCAAAGCGCCCCACUUGUACCAGCUUCUGUCGCCAAGGAAACAAUUCCUGGAUUGUGGUAUUGAUGAGAAAUGCGGCAAAGAGCAUUGCCGGCGCGUUUGCUCCGUCAUUCAAAAGGAUGCUCCACCGACGACGAGCCAUAUUGUAUCAGAAACAACUCCAACAGAAACUGCACCGACAGAAUCAGCCUCAUCAGAAGCGACUAUACCGUUCGAGCUCACAAAAACGAUCGAGCGGAUGGAAUCUACAGAAACUGAAUCUCUUUCCACCUUGUCAUCAACGACUCUCACGACCGUUUCGCCGAGCACAAUUGUCUCUGAUACUUCUAUUGUCUCUGAUACUUCUCCUAAGUCGUGGCCAAAUGAGCGAGACGGUCGCAAGGUGAACGAUGAAGAGACGGAUGCACUGAAUAGAACGGUAAGCGUAGAAGCGAAAAGCGCACCCGUCGACGAAGAGACGGCGGAGACGGAGCGUCGCCGCGGCACGCAAAGCCACGCGAGCACUGACAACAUAAACCUUGCCUUAUUCCAGAGUCUGGUUUGCUACGUCUUUAUAUGUAUUUUGUCAUAAUUAUAUGGAGAUUCAUUUGUGAAUCUUUUUUGUGAUUACCUACUGGAAUUUAAUAAAAUUUUAAAAAGGU